UGUUGUUACUCCUGCAAACGUUACGAGCUGGGCGAUGCCAUUUAGAAGCAGCUAUUUGAGUUGGAGCGUCUUUUACCAGCAGGUGCUGCAGCAACCAAUCAAAAGCUGCGGAAGGUGGAUCAGUUGAUUGUUCCUAAUAAUGUGAUAUUUGUUCCACCUGAGGACGCCACAAGGGCACGAGGCAACUGGUUCAGAAUCAGAAUCAGUUCAGAAAAUAAAGCACAACUCAACUCAAUUCUGCCAUCUGUUGGAGAAAUUAUGUUAAAGCAUGUUGUCAUGUUGUCAUAUGUUCCGAAGCUCAAAAACAGUUACUGAAAGGACCUUAAGAUUAGACUGUUUUGUAAAAUGCUGUUUCCAAGUUCCGGAACGGCUCAACUUCUGAGCCAACAAGCGCCAAAGAAACAAAACAACGAUGGGAAUUUGAACAUCUACAGACAGAAACGCAGACAGAGAUAGGUUUCCACUAACAGAGGGCAGGAGGUGGGAUCCGUGCACAUUUCCACACUGAAAACCAGAAGGCAAGCCAUAUCAGAGGGUCUGACUGAAGGGAGGAUAGUUAACAUGCGUCCAUUGUGAGUCCAGGAACAGGCUGCCGAACCAUCUCCGGAGUUUUCUCAUGUGGAGAAGCCCAGAAAGGGACCAGCACAUGACCGGCUGACAGCAGGCGCAUCACAGACUAAGCCGUCACCACUUAGUAAGGAGUAUGGAUCUUGUUCUCUGGCUGAGGCUGAAUGCGGACACAUUUCCAGAUGAGUUAUGGACUGGGAGUGAAGAGGGGAACUUUUUUGCCAACAAAAGCCGGCAGUGACGGGUGCUUCACGAGCACAGCGCGCGCUGUGGAUGCUGCCCUUUACAAUCAGAUCAUCCAAACACAACAGCACUCUGAUGCCCCUCCUGCGUAAGAACCCCGAGGCUGAUUCCACACAUUUAGAAAAAUAAAUAAUAAUGCUAUUCUCAGAACUGCAGGGAUAAACCAGCAGCGACAGCUCUUAGAGGACAAAGCCCUAUACGAAAUAGAAUUAAGGGCUGUUACUCCUACAUAUUAUUGUAGAGAGCUAUUUCAUCUCCAAGGAUACUGAAAACACCAGUCAGUGUGACACACUGAGCAGGAGAGAAACAUCACACAAGCAGUGAAUGUGACAUUGAAGACGGCGACUUUACUUCAGUCAGGAUGGACCAAACGAUGGGCCAGUGUUUACUUCUCUUGGGUGGAUUUCAUUCAGUCAUGCCACAGUAACUGUUGUUGUUCCAUUAGAUGCCGCUGCUGCAGCAUUAAAGCGUGAUCACAGCGAGCCAUGUUCAGAAAUGGACGACCAUAGGAUACCAGAGGGCAGUCGACGGUCUGUCCCUGAACCACCCACCUAUUGUCUCAGAGCAGGAGUUCUUAGGUACAGUGGGGAGUUCAACAGUGCAAACUUAACAACCAUUCUUCCAGCGUCCCAGCCUCUGACAGAAUAUCCAGUGACAUGUGAGUACUGUGAAGAAAGGGCCAAACCUUCAGUGAAUCUAUCAGGGAUACAGCAGUCUGAGACGUUCUGCUGUGUCCAGCAGCAGCAGCUGUGGGAGAUGCUGGAGAGGGACAGAUGUUUGGCUGGGGGUCCACGAGACCCGAGGACAACAUCACUUGGAGACCAGUGGGCCCCAGAGAAAGAGGAGCUUCUCUUCCAAGGCUGGGAGAUGGAGGAUCCCAAAUCAGUCAAGCAUCCUGUAGCUGAAACCUCUGAACUGACGUCAAAGGUGCUCAGAUUCCGGCUUUCCUGUGCACCAGAAAAUGGAUGCUGCAUAGUGUAUCCUCGCAGUGCAGAUGAGGAGCACUUGAAAAUGAAAGAGGAAGAGGAAGAGGUGUUGCUCCCUACUUGUGACCACAAGCCACUUCAGUUUGGCAUCUGUCAUCACCAGGAUGGGGCAGAUAUUCUCCAGAAGAAUUAUUCCAGCGGCGUGAAAUUUCUUACUGUGUUCCCUGACGGCUCUGCUCAGGUCUUUUAUCCCUCAGGCCUCUUGGCUCUCAUUGUAGUGGUCCCUAAAGAAAACCGAAGGGUCUGCAUCGUGUAUGAUGACAGCAGUGCCCCCCAUCAACCACUCAGAGCCCUGUUCCUGUCUGAUGGCAGGGGGACAUGUUAUCACAGCAAUGGAAACAUAUGGCUGACCUUAGACGGGUCAGGCGGUCAGUGUUUGGAUGAGGGGGGGGCCAGGGUUCGUCGGUGGUGCUGGGGCCGUCUGAGCAGCACUCCCAUUCCCCUGCGCCCCAUCUUCCUGUCCCUAAACAAAGCCAUUGGGGUCCGAGUCCUCGGGAGAGAAAAAGUUUUUGUCUCCUUCCUGGCAGGAGGCCAACAGGCAAAGUUCAGCGUGGGUGCGUGCUGCACUCAGGGUGAAUGUAAAACAGACAGGGCUGCAUCGGGACCGUCAGUGUCGAAGUGGGAUCUGUUAGAGUCGGCAGCCAGGAUUAGGGCUCAUCUGGCCAUUCAGCGUCUUCACCAGUUCCUGUCUAUGCCCUCCCAUCCCCGGCCACCGAAGACCAAAGAAGCCCUUCGCCUUCACGCUGAAGCCCACAGGCUUCUGGCAGCCAGUGCUGAUGUGAUGAUGAGUGAUAGUGACAGAGCCUUUGUUCACAGGUGCCUUCAGGAUUAUAUUUGACUUACCAGUAAUAAAGUACACUGCGGUGCGAUGUCAGCAACUCUGCUCUGGCAUAACAGAACAACUCAAGGAAAUCUGAGAGACAAAAUCAUCAUCAGUUUGCUGGGUACUUUUGAAUGCCAACAUCGUGUCACUAUUAGCACAAAACUUAAGACCGGGUUCAUUCUGUAGGAACCAGGUCAGCUUAAAGUCCCUUAAUGGGAUUUCAGGAGAUUCACAUUACAAUGCUCAAACCUCUCAAACAUAAGACUCAUUCUGGUUCACUCAUGGAUGGUAUCUGAGCCCACGCUGUUGGGAUCGAAAAGAAUGAACUUUUAGCCAAAUGCCUCCAUUUUCUCUGUACU